AUGGCCCUGCUCAGGAGGGGCUCUUCCGGCAUUUCCGACGACAACCUCAACUCUCGGCUGCAGCGCGAGCAGGCGAAGUCGGGGGCUGUCACUGCUUCCCUAGCUUGGAACGACCCCAGUGACCUCGACCUCCACGCCCAUGCCACUCUGGCUGAUGGCAGCUCCGCGCACGUCUUCUUCCGCAACAAGCAGGGCGCCGGCGGCGUCCUCGACGUCGACAUGCAUGCGAGGGACGGCAGCAUCGUUGAAGAGCCUGUGGAAAAUAUCUUUUGGGAGAGCCCCCCCGCAGGGACGUACAGCAUUCGCGCUCACCUGUACAAGAAGCGCGGCACCCAGCGCGCCGUGCGGUUCCGCGCCGUGCUGAAGCGGGAGGGCGAAGAGGACCUGUCCGUGGAGGGCGCGCUGGGGGUCGGCCCCAGGACGACGGAGUGCUUCCGCUUCGAGGUGGACGCCGCCGGCCGCGUGCGGGUCCGGAAGGCGAUGGCCCUCGCUGCGGGCCCAGCCCGCCCGGUCGCGGCGAGGACGGCCGCCGCAGCCCGGGGCGCGCGGCCGCGGGCCGCGGUGGCCCAGGCCAAGUGGGCCAAGGGCAAGGCAUCGGCCGUUGCGAGGGGAAAGGGGGCGAAGGCGCAGGUCUACAAGGGAAAGAAGCUCAAGACCAGCUCCGGCCUGAAGAGGGAGGACCUGACCAGGGGCAAGCGCGGGAAGAUCGUGAGCCUGAGGAAGCACAGGCUGGGGAAGGCGAACAGGUGGGCGCAGGCAACGGCGAAGGCUAGAGCAGCAAAGGGGGUGUCAGGCUUCCGGCUGCUGAAGAAGGGGGACUCCUUCUACCAGAUGGUAAAAUAUAUCUUUGCGCAGUCGUGA